CCUGCUUUCCCGCCCUUCCUUUUUCUCUCUCAAAGCGUGCUUGACCGCCCAGUGGCCGCCGCCGCCUCCUCCUCCUCCAGUGAGCGCUGGGAGACGAGGCGGCGGCAGCAGCAGCAGCAGGAGAGGCGCUUCCCCCCUCGAGGCUCGCCUCUUCUCCAAGGGUGGCUUGAGCUCCGCUGGGCGUCCUUCGCCGCUGUCCUUCUUGCCAGGCGCUAGCGGCUGAAGGAAGUUUGCCAAAGCGGCCCCCCCCCCAAUUGACGGCACUUAUCCUGGCAAACUCUUACUAAGCCGCGCUUCUCUCUCUCUCUCUCUUUCUUUCCGCCACAUCUUUCGCGCUGCGGGAAGUUGUCGAUGAGUGCUCCGCCGGUCAUCCGGCCGCCCAGUCCUUCGCAGCCCGGCGGCGGCGGCGGCAUCUCCUUCCACCUUCAGAUCGGCCUCAGCCGGGAGCCGGUGCUCUUGCUGCAAGACUCCUCGGGGGAGUUCAGCCUGACCCAUGUCCGGGAAAUGGCUUGUUCCAUCGUCGAUCAAAAGUUUCCUGAGUGUGGCUUCUAUGGGAUGUAUGAUAAAAUCCUGCUUUUUCGUCAUGAUCCAACUACUGAAAAUAUACUCCAGCUGGUGAAAUCAGCUACUGAUAUCCAAGAGGGUGAUCUGGUUGAAGUUGUCUUAUCAGCUUCUGCAACUUUUGAAGACUUUCAGAUUCGGCCACAUGCUUUGUUUGUCCAUUCCUACAGAGCACCAGCCUUCUGUGACCAUUGUGGAGAAAUGCUGUGGGGGCUUGUACGUCAAGGGCUUAAAUGUGAAGGAUGUGGCUUAAACUAUCACAAGAGAUGUGCAUUUAAAAUCCCUAAUAACUGCAGUUGUGUCCGAAAGAGGCGAUUAUCAAAUGUUUCAUUAACAGGACUUGGUAAUAUCAGAACAAUGUCUGCUGAACUUUCAUCUACGCUUGCAGAUGAAGGACUCCAGAUUCCUGCAAGCCCCAGUUUUGAGCAGAAAUCACCACCUGAUUUUUCACUUGGGAGAGAGAAGAGGUCCAAUUCACAAUCACACAUUGGGCGACCUAUUCAACUUGACAAGAUUUUACUUUCCAAGGUUAAAGUGCCUCAUACUUUUGUCAUUCACUCAUAUACAAGGCCAACAGUUUGUCAGUACUGCAAAAAAUUACUUAAAGGACUUUUUAGACAAGGCUUACAGUGCAAAGAUUGUAGAUUCAACUGCCACAAACGCUGUGCACCUAAAGUACCGAAUAAUUGCCUUGGAGAAGUGGCCAUUAACGGAGACUUGCUUAGCCCUGGAAUGGAGACUGAUAUAGUGAUGGAAGAGGGAAGUGAUGACAAUGACAGUGAAAGAAACAGUGGCCUCUUAGAUGAAAUGGAAUAUUCUAUGGCGCCUGAUGCUGAGAUGGUGACUGUGAAUCCAGGUGAUAGUGGAGACAUGCAGGACACUGAUCUUGACCAUGAUGAGAGUAACAGAAUGAUCAGCCCUUCAACAAGCAAUAAUAUCCCAUUAAUGAGAGUGGUACAAUCUGUCAAACAUGCAAAAAGGAGAAGUAGUACAGUAAUAAAAGAAGGAUGGAUGGUUCACUACACAAGCAAAGACAGUUUGAGGAAACGGCACUAUUGGAGAUUGGAUAGCAAAUGCAUCACUUUGUUUCAAAAUGAAACUGAAAGCAAAUAUUACAAGGAAAUUCCAUUGUCUGAAGUACUAUCCCUGGAACCUGCAAAAAAUUUCAGUUUUUUAUCACAAGAAGCAAAUCCCCACUGCUUUGAAAUAACUACAGCUAAUGUGGUUUAUUAUGUUGGGGAAAACAUUGAAAACCUACCAAGUCUUUCAGUUAAUAACAGUGUUCUCACAAAUGGUUGUGGCCCAGAUGUUGCAAGAAUGUGGGAAAUGGCAAUCCAGCAUGCCCUGAUGCCUGUCAAUCCUAAAGGAGCAUCUACUGGUUCAGGACCAAGUUUACACAGAAAUAUAUCCAUAAGUAUUUCUGUAUCCAAUUGUGAAGUCCAAGAGAAUGUGGAUAUCAGUACAGUAUAUCAAAUAUUUCCAGAUGAAGUUUUAGGAUCUGGACAGUUUGGAAUUGUUUAUGGGGGAAAACAUCGGAAAACAGGAAGAGAUGUAGCAAUUAAAAUCAUUGACAAACUGAGAUUUCCAACUAAGCAAGAAAGCCAGCUUCGUAAUGAGGUUGCAAUUUUACAGAAUCUGCAUCACCUGGGGGUUGUAAAUCUGGAGUGCAUGUUUGAGACACCAGAAAGAGUGUUUGUUGUUAUGGAGAAGCUCCAUGGAGAUAUGUUGGAGAUGAUUUUGUCAAGUGAAAAAGGAAGGUUGCCAGAGAGGAUAACCAAAUUUUUAAUUACACAGAUUCUUGUUGCUUUGAGGCAUCUUCAUUUUAAAAAUAUUGUUCAUUGCGAUCUCAAGCCAGAGAAUGUAUUGCUAGCAUCAGCUGACCCUUUUCCACAGGUGAAGCUUUGUGAUUUUGGUUUUGCCCGGAUUAUUGGAGAGAAGUCAUUCAGACGUUCACUUGUGGGUACACCAGCAUAUCUUGCUCCUGAAGUUCUGAGAAAUAAAGGAUACAACAGAUCACUUGAUAUGUGGUCUGUUGGUGUCAUUAUCUAUGUUAGCCUCAGUGGUACUUUUCCAUUCAAUGAAGAUGAGGAUAUUCAUGAUCAAAUCCAGAACGCUGCUUUUAUGUACCCACCUAAUCCCUGGAAGGAAAUCUCACAUGAAGCUAUAGAUCUCAUAAAUAAUUUGUUGCAAGUUAAAAUGAGAAAACGUUACAGUGUUGACAAGACAUUAAGCCACCCCUGGCUGCAGGAUUACCAAGCCUGGCUAGAUUUGCGGGAACUUGAAUGCAAAAUAGGCAAGCGUUAUAUCACCCAUGAAAGUGACGAUUCCCGGUGGGAACAAUUUGCAGGAGACAAUAGUUUGCAGUAUCCAGCACACCUUAUGAGUCGAAGCCCUAACCACAAUGAAAAUCCUGAACCAGAAGAAGCAGAGUUGAAAGCCCUCAGUGAGCGUGUCAGCAUCCUUUGAAUCACAAUCUGUCAAAACACUGUGGAAUUUCCCUCUCAAAACAGGCUUCUGUUUUUUUGCUUCUCUGUAUACUUCAGAACUACUUCCGAUAAUAUUUGAAGUUCUUUUUAUUGUUGCUUGAUGAUGCAGGAUGUGAUUGCUGCCCUUUCAGAGAAUCUAUAGAUCACUGAAACAAUAGUUGUAUAACAAGAAAGGACACUCAUACAUAUCCCUUGGCCAUCUUGUAAUUAAAAUAAGGACCUGAGUCUGUCAACCCUUUCAUCAGAUUUUUUUUUUACAUCAGAUUAAAGGAAAGAAAUGUGAGAAAUUGUUGGCACAGCACUAGAUUAUUUAUUCUCUUCAAAAUAAUCACAAAGCAAUGUUGUGGUUCUGAAGAUAAUUAGAAUAGGUGUAUUAUUCUGACCUAAUCAAUUUUGGAAAUUCUUUUUUUUUCAUAAAACCAGCUUUAGCAAUCAGCUAAUUGUCUUUUCAAUGAAGGUAUUGACAAAGCAUGGUUGAGAUUCAGUGACCAAUAAUAGGGUUGUGUCUUUGGUAUAAAUGAAUUUGCCAAGAUCAAUGACAGUCACUUUUAGUAAGAAUUUGUAGUUAUUUCCAGGGGAAUGAGAGUAGGAGGUAGACUACAUCUACUGUAUGUUUAAUUCAUUUUACUUUCAGGUUGUAGAACUUGCAUACCAGGAUAAAAGGCUCAGUAGCAGAUGUCAUUGACAGAAGAAAACGCUGAUUGAGAUGUAAUGCUUAUAUCCAGAAGAAGUGACCUUACAGUCCCAGAACAAAAUCCAUUUUUAAGCUAUGCAAAGGUGCUCUCAGCAUACCAACCCAAGCAAUUUACUAUUCCAUUAGUAAUACUUCAAAGCUAACUUUUUAUAAUACAUCUCCACUUCCUUUGAAUAAUAGUUGCUAGACCUUAUUUAAUGGUAAAUCUGUUACUUGUUUUUAAAAUGUAUUUAUAAAUACUGCCCAUCUGUGCCCGCAAACCACCCAGCAAAACAAAAGGACAAAAAGAUUCUUCUUUGCAACAAGCAGAAGAUCAGCAAACUGCAGCUAUUAAUGGACCUUGCAAAGUUGGCAGAGAAAGAAGCAACAAGAAUUGUCUAAGGAAGGAGUGUUAGGAGCAAGUUGGUACAGAAAUGACCCCCUUUUGUAUAUUUACAACUCUUGCCUCUAAUUCAAUUUGUGCCUUAAAAUCUGUGCUGACUCCUGGUGACCAUCUGGGCUAGUCUUUAGUUUUCUUGGCAGGUUUUUGGAAGUGGUUUGCCCUUACCUUGUCCCUAGGCUGAGACAAAUUGACUGGUCCAAAGUCACUUGAAAAACUUUGUGCCUAAGGUGAGCCUAAAACUCACUGUCGCCCAAUUUAUAGGCUGGUGUUACUGCCCCAGAUUGGCUCAAAGAAUUAAUAGAGUUAAUUCCAAAGCAGUUCACAGAAGAAGGCAAUGUAUAAUCUCAUCACAGCUUCUUUAUGUAUUAAAGGAAACACUUCAUAUUAUGCUUGUAAACAAUCUGGAAAUGUGAUAUUGAUUCAGGAGCAGUGCUCUAUAUUCAUUCUAAAGGGCACAAGGAAUGCAUUGCAGUAUUUUAAGGAGUUAUAUUUAAGGCAUAAAUAGCCAGUUUGGUGUAGUGGUAAAGCCACCAGAAAGAAACAAAUCAGAAGGGCAUGGCUUCUUGUCCUUCCUUAGGCACAAAACCAGCUGUGCAACUUUCUGACAGCUGUUACAUCUUAGCCCUAGGAAGAGGCAAAGGCAAAUUACUUCCAAAAAUAUUCUUGACAAAAAUAUUGUCAAGAAGACUGCAGGAACUAACGGGGUGUUCAUGAAUAGUAAAAAACUGACUUGAACAAACCAAAAUAACAGUAAAUAAGACAUGAACAAUUAUCAACAGAUAAGAUCUUCCCAAAGAAACUCAGUGGCGUGCAAAAGUUUAGUGCCCCUAAAUGUAUCCUGAAUUAUCUACAUUUUCACAUGCUAAGAAAGCUGCUUAGAAAAGCCUAGGGUGGUUGAACAUAGACAAAUACUGUGAAUUUGGAUCUUCAGAAAGAGAACAAUACCAUUCAAAAGACAAACUACAGUGUUUUAAUUCCAAAAUGAGAAAGGUCCGAUAGAAGUGGAUUCUAUCUUCUAAAUAUUUUCUUCAUUAUUCUAAAUAAUGAAGAAAAGGUAUUUGGUGAAAGACAAUAAGUUUUUAUUUUGCCAAGUUUUGUUCCUAACACUGAAAGUAACUUUAAGGGCUCAGCCUUGGAAAAUAUUAAGCACAGGCAAUUUACAAUGAUUUUUUUUUGUGGUAGUAUUUUGGAAUUUUCUAUAACUAUUUUAAAAAUGUAUAAAAUUAUACUAUGAAAUAGCAUUCAAUAGUUUAUGAUUAUAGGAUGAUAUUAUUUGUAACCCAUGAUGCUUACAUAUCUGCAGACCUUUGUGUCCUCAGAACAUCAGACCAAAGAAGUAAACACAUAAUAUAUUCAUACCUUGAGCAAGGAAUAUAAUGUAAAUGUAAAAUAUCUUUUCUUCUGAGCAGUUGUAUUUCCAUUCAUAUUUCUUGGUUGUCAUACAAACAAUGUAAUAAAAUUAAGAUUCUUGUGGCACCAUCCCAGGGGCUACAAGACUGAA